AAAUUCCAACCCAAUCAUACCAAAAUGGCGUCCGAUUCAGCAUCAGCAGCCAAAAAAGUUUAAAGCAAAAUGGAUGACUUAAAUUCGAAUCAUAGCAAUGAACUCUGUGAUAACUCUGAUUCCUGGAUACCAUGUUGGGAAAACCAAUUGCCAAGAACGGGAGGGGAGAUAAAUCUUGUAGAGGACAAAGAAAUCGCAUCAAGAGCAGUAGCCUUUGUUGUUAACAGCACCAGAAAAGGAAUAGUCCCUCUAUGUACUGAUGUAGCAAAUUUACUAAGAGCAAAAAGAAGUCUAGAGAAGAAAGUUCUACUCCUGACAAAAGAGAAUCAAGCAUUGAGAUCAGGCAGUCGACCAACUUCACAUUCCACAAGUCCAACUCCAGCAUCCCUGAGCUCAGACAAAAGUAUUAUCCAUGAUACUUCAUACCAUAUCCAAGAACCGUACAGACCACCCUCUAGAUGCAGCCAGUGCUCAAGUACUGUAAGUGAUUCACCCAAAGUAAGACAGCGACCAGAGAGUCAGCAGCGAUCCCCUAACAGUAGUCGUCACAGCGGUACAUCACCAUUAUCACAGAGACCUGAUAGUCUUCACGGUCAGCAAGAACCACCAGUCUCAACUGAUGGACCUUUAAAUGAAACAGAGGUUCAAAAACCAACUAGAAAUGGUCUGAUGACAAAGGCGGAGGUUCAUGUGGAAUCUAAACCUACCGUUCACACUUCAGGACACUAUGAUAAACACAAUAUAGACAAGAAGAAUGACAGAUAUCAUAGAAUAUCUCAGAAAUCAAAACAGAUAAAGUAUGAAGUUGAAGACAAUAGAAAUAAUUAUGAUGAACUGUACAGUCUAGAAAGUACCUUUGAUGCUGAGAAAGACUUGAAAUACAUUACAGAAUGUCUACAGCAAAUUGAGGUUAAACAAUGCCUUGAUAAAUUAUAUAUUGAGAAUGAAUUACACAGUAACCCAGACAACAAGGUCAAAGGUCCAAAACUUUAUAGUGGAAGUAAACAGAAAACACAAAGUGUUAAUAAAAAGUGGUCCAGAGCAUUAUCACCGAGUGUGACAAGUGUUUGUUCUGAACCAAUCAAAGGCUGUAAAUGUUCUCGUUGUGAGUCUGCUGUCAGGAGUGGCGAUGAAGAUGUAAAUGACGCACAGAAAUUUUCUGUUAGCUAUAAACUGCAAGUGCAACAAGGUGAUUAUGUUGUUGCCAAGGGAGAUAAAACUGGUAGAAUUUGCUAUAUUGGUCACCUUGACAACACACCAGAUGUGUUAUAUGUUGGCCUUGAACUUGCUCAACCAGUUGGACAGCAUGAUGGAUUUUAUAAAAGUAAAAGAUAUUAUACAUGUAAGAAGGACCAUGGUAUAUUUUUUCCCCUCCAAGAAAUACUUUGUAAAGUAAACAAAAAGCCUUCAAAAUUAUUGAAGACACCAAGUAGAGAAGGAAAAAUAGAAGAAGUAACAAAACUGUGACAUUAGUUGUAAUGGAAGAUAUCCACAGACAAGAUUCCGUCCAUCAGUUGGGAAAAACUAAAGUGUGAUAGAUUUAACAAUAUGUUGUAGAAAUGCAGCAUUAGAAUGUAGUUCUUUUAGUUUAUUUUAUCAGAGUUUGAAAUGAAGUUUACCAUGCAAUAGCCCACUUGAUAAGUGUAAAGUUGAAAUUAAUCAGCACACUGCCAUUCAAGCAAAUAUUUUGUUAUGACUAUGAACAGUAAUUUUUUGGGGACAUAUACCUUCUUAUGUUGCUGUAGCUUUUCAUUGUCACUUUUUAUA